AUGUUAGUUGGAAUCCACAUUAACUCAUAUCAUCCUCAUUUAAGACCUAAGAGAGGAAGUGGCUUAGGUUUCGUUGAGGAGCCUAAAUAGAAAUCUAAACAGCCAAAUAUUAUUUCAGAAUAGAUUUUACCCAUUUAAGAAGACAAUGAUGGUUUUAUUGAAGAAUUCUUUUAAGUUCCACACAUUUUUGAUAUUCCAAAAAGAGUAAUAAAGGAGUAUGAAAAAGUAGAAUCAAAGGAUUCAAGCAAAUUUUUGACACCAAGGCCAUUAAAUGAUUUCAGAAAGGCUCAAAAUAAUAACAAUGAUCACAGCAAAAUGAGGCAAUCAAAGAGAAUCCAAAAUAUGAAAAUGAAGUAAGAGAUGCAGAGAGCUAUGGAGACUUGGAUGAAAACUGGAAAAAUAAUCAGCUUAUAGAAAGACACAGAUUAGAAAUCAUUUUUAGGGUCAGUUUCAAAUGGAAUGAGAACCACACAUAUUGCUUCCUCAAGAUUCUCAUCGAGCUACAAGAGAAAAAGUCAGAGUAUUCAAUGA